CAGACGUGACAGUCCACUCGACAAGGAAAACCAGUCAGCUGCGGUAAGAAUCCUGCGACAGCAAUCAGGCUCAGAAGUGCGCUUCGACCCUUAUCUCCACUUCCACUUACGAGGGAGUCGUGCUGCGGCACGCAUGAGAGCCAAAGAGUCGCAUAAAUAGAGGUCCCACAGUGUCUGUCGUACUCAACUACAAGCCUAUCUACCAAUGCUUUCCUCCACAGAUACCCCAGACCAGCUAGCGGAGGUUGGCCUGCCUGACUCCCUCUACGCAUUGCGCCGGCGGCGGAUGCUCGACGUCGUCAACGCCCUUCAUCUCACCGGCGUACAGGUCGAUAUUGAUCUGCCGGUCAUAGCGGUCGUCGGAUCCCAGUCCGCGGGAAAGUCCUCAUUGAUCGAGUCAAUAUCCGGCAUCACCCUCCCGCGCGCCAGCGGCACCUGCACUCGCUGUCCGACAGAAUGUCGCCUGUCGUACUCUGACCAGCCGUGGAAAUGCAUUGUCUCUCUCCACAUCCUCACGGACAAGGAUGGGAAGCCCCUGGGGCAUCCGAGGAACGAGCAAUUUGGGGACGUCAUUCACGACAAGGACGAGGUCGAGGACCGCAUCAGGCGGGCGCAACGCGCGAUUCUGAACCCGAGCAUCGACUAUCGCCGGUUCUUGGAAGACGAUGAUCCAGACCUCUCUGGUCGGGAGCUCACGUUCUCUACUAAUUCGGUCUCCCUUCAGAUCAGCGGCGAGGACGUACAGGAUUUGUCGUUCUGUGACUUGCCUGGGUUGAUUGCAAGCGUGGGUACUGGCGGCAACGAGGGCGACAUCGAGCUCGUCAAGAAUUUGGUGUCCUUGUAUAUCUCGAGGCCAAGCUGCAUAAUUCUGCUUACGGUUGCAUGCGAGACUGAUUUUCAAAACCAAGGAGCACAUCAGCUCGCAAAGAAGUACGAUCCACACGGAUUGCGAACGAUAGGUGUACUCACGAAGCCAGAUCGCAUCCCUUCAGGCGAAGAGGGUAGUUGGUUGCGCUAUAUCAGGAACGAGGAUGAACCGCUUGAACAUGGCUGGUUCAGUGUCAAACAACCUGACUCUCGUGCCAUCGCCACAGGGAUCACUUGGGCUGAAGCGCGCGAAAAAGAGCGCGAGUUCUUCGCCACCAGCUCGCCGUGGAAUAUCCUUGACCUCGAGUACCAGAACCGCUUGGGGACGACGAAGCUUGUCGAACGUUUGAGUGACGUGCUGUCCGAUUGUAUCUCUCAGCGGCUUCCCAUCAUCCAGGAGGAGCUGCACAAACUUCUCAGUGCGACAGACGAACGUUUGACUCAGCUUCCGAAACCACCUUCGUCGGACGUCCUGUCCGAAGUCCUCUUUCUUCUGUCAACCUUCUCCAAAAGCCUCGGACGAUACCUUGAAGGCACGACCAAAGCUGACGGUCUCCUCCAAUCUAUCAGACCUCCCUGCGACACUUUCCGAAAGGCUAUCCGCGCUACCGAGCCGGACUUUCGCCCCUAUGAGCAUACCCUGCCCCGUCAGAACCCGCAUGCUCACAAGUUUGUAGCGGCGGCUUUCCUAGAGAACGAAGGAUAUACGUACAUCCCUGAGAACGACAGCCGUGCGAUCUUUAUCGACGAUGUCAUGAAACGUGCUCAUGAGGCGAGAAUACGAGAGCUUCCAGGCCACAUCCCGUUUGUGGUAACGCAAGAGUACAUCACAGCAAUCAUCGCAGGCUGGCAGGGUCCAGCGGAGACGCUCUUCCGCGAAGAGUACAACAUCUUAGUGAAGCAUGUGAGGCAGCUUGUGAACGAGCACUUCGCUCAGUACCCCCUCUUGCAGAGUCGCAUCAUGACGAUCACCACGGACUUCCUCGCCACGUCCGCAGAGCAGACGAUUGCGCGCAUCCGAUGGUUUAUUGCGCUCGAGACGCGCCCCCGAACCCUCAACGAGGCCUACUACUCCGAUUACCACGAUCGCUUCUUGAGUCACUACAAAGGAUGGCGUCCGCCCACGGAGUCAGAGGAUGAUGACGACGAAGACGAUGAUGACGAAGAUGAUCCUCAUGCUUCCUUCACGAGCCGCCUUCGUGACAAUGGCCCUUCCUUCAGGGCAGCCGUUGGCGAGGUAAUGGCGGGGCUUGCCAAGAUGGACAUUCACGGCACACGGCCGGGCGAUCUGGCAAAGCUCCUGCCACCCGACCCGUACGAUCCCGCGAUCGAGAUCAUGGCGAGCGUCCGAGCGUACUUCCAAGUCGCUCAUAAGCGUUUUGUUGAUAAUAUUCCCAACACCAUCGACUACGAACUGAUUCUAGGGCUGGACCGCGACCAGGCAUUGGACAAGGCUUUGCGGAAAGGACUCGGGAUCGGAGGAGGAGACGCCCUCGCGCAAUGUGCGGAGUACAUAAAGGAACCGCGUCAUGUCGCAGAGCGUAGGGAAGAGCUCCUGAAGAAGCGCGAGCGGUUGGAGACGGCACGCAAACAGCUGACCGAGGUUUGGCUGUAGAUGUGCGCGCCAAGUGUCACCGAGAUUGCUCAUGCGCUUGGGAUUCUGCCUGCACUCAACGUCGAGCUUAGUCGUUUCUUGCAUGAUAGUACCAAAGUCCGC